AUGGCCGAAAUCAAGGAAUACUUGCCCUCGAAAUAUGAGCACCUACUUCCGAACAGUAACUGGGCCGAGCUUCUCAAGUCAAAGAGCCAGCUCCGGCGCGCGUUAUCUGAUUCUAGCCCAUCAGAUACCGAAAGCUUCAUAAGAUCUAAAAUCAAUGUGCUGAUAACAGAAUCCAACCAUAUCGAAUUUUGCAAAUCUGCAGUAUUUGCUCUAUAUCGAUUAAAAUAUUUGUCCUGCCUCGAAUAUAAGACUCAAAUUCGCAGACUUUGCAUGGAGUCGACCCUGCUCACGGCAGAAUUACGAACCAUAAGCCCACAGUGGAGUAUACUUUCUAAUGACAUGAAUGAGGUUUUGCCAAAGUACAAAGACUUCAAUGCUGCUUAUAAGAAUGCGAUAGCCGGUAAACCUGCAAUCAUCCUUGAAAAGGAGUCUAAGCCGGAACAUAGGGCUAACCAGCUCCGGAAAUCAGUUGAUGAUUUCUAUGCUGGGAAAAGGGUCACCGCUAUGGAGACUCAAGGCCACUGCCAUAUAUUAGGCUGGACAUUAUAUGAUGAAGUCACAGCCACCCACUUAGUACCGGAAGGGCUAGAUGCGAACGCGAUUGCAUUCCUUUUUGGAGUUGGGAAUGUCAAUAUAGACGAGCCAAGAAACACUCUCCUCUUGCACAAAAAUGUCAGCAAAGCACUGGAGACCGGUUUUGUCGUUAUUGUCCCUGUUCCAGCACAUUCGCCAGACGAAGAAGUCAAGUGGAAGCUAUUCGUGACAGAUACAGACUCUCUCGACGAACCUGUCUCUCCCGGUAUUGUCUGGAAUACACUUCAUGGGCGAGAACUUAAAUUCCUUAAUGACAACCGUCCAGCCAAGCGAUAUGUCUACUUCAGAUAUGUAAUGACGUUUCUCAUGCUUAGGCCGCAUGGAAAGCUAAGCUGGAUCCGAGAAGUACUAGCAGCGAAAAAUUAUUGGGAUGUCCCGGGGGAAUAUCUAGAACGCACCAUGUUAAAGAGGCUUGUCAAUUUAUCCGCUGGCUUCCACCUUCCAAAAGCCUUUUACUUGAAAACGACCUUCAACAUGAAGGGUAAGGGAUAUUUACCUCCGGCGGAAGCCCAAGAGGACCUCACCAUUUGCCUAGCGAACAGCAUCUUGAUGACUCCCGAUUAUCGUGAGCCGGAUGCAGUCUAUUGUGGCAGUGAUCAUGGUAACGACGAAGAUAAUGGCAGCGACUGGAAUAAUAACAGUGAAUGGAAUGAUACCAGUGACGAGCACAGCGAGGAGUCCUUCGCCUUGGUUUCCUAG